AUGACUGCUCCGACAUCCGUCCACCGAUUAUCAGGCAAGGUCUGCAUCGUCACAGGCGCCUCCUCCGGUCUUGGUCGUGCUAUUGCACUCGGCUACUCUCGCGAGGGAGCUUCCGUCGUCUGCGCAGAUCUCCAGCCCAAGGCACGCCUCGAUGUGAAUGGGGAAGAAGCAAUCAGCACCGAUGAGCUCAUCCGGUCGAAAGGAGGGAAAGCAAUCUUUGUUCAAACGGAUGUAGGCAAGGCUACAGCUGUCGAGGCCCUAGUGACGAAAACAGUGGCCGAGUUCGGACGUAUCGAUGUGCUGGUCAACAAUGCUGGCAUUUCUGCCGAAGCAGGAAACAAACCACUCAAGAUCCACGAGACGCCAGAAGAGUGGUGGGACAAGACGAUGAACGUCAACGUCAAGUCCAUUUUCCUGACGAGCAAGUACACCAUCGCUCAGAUGCUGAAGCAAGAGAAGCCUGAGACUGGUGACAGGGGCUGGAUCAUCAACAUAUCGUCGAUAUACGGCAUUGUUGCGGGUCGAAAUAUCUCGUCAUACUGUGCUUCAAAGGGUGCUGUGUCCAACUUGACUAGACAGGUAGCCUUGGACUAUGCCAAAGACGGCAUUCACUGCAACGCGAUUUGUCCAGGAUACACCGAGACGGCCAUCUGGGCCGACACAGUCAAGCACAACGACAUGGAAUCUAUCCGAUCACUUCAUCCGCUUCACGGAACAGGUGUUCCAGAGGACUUAGUGGGCGCGGCCAUCUUUCUUGCAAGUCAAGAGGCCAGGUGGAUCACGGGCGUGUGUCUUCCAGUGGAUGGAGGCUUUACAGCCCAGUAG